GGUCAUCGAUUGUCCUGCCAGUUUUCACAAACCCUUGUUAGAUUAAGUGAGCGACUCAAAGCCUGGCAUCUGUUGUGAAAGAUGGGCGAGAGGCUGCAAAGGCAAAACGCCUAUGUUUGUUCUUUUUUCGGCUGUAACGCCACGUUUAGGAAGUCAUGGAAGCUGCAGGCUCAUCUGUGCAAACACACUGGCUUGAGACCGUUUUCCUGCGAGAACUGCGAGAAGAGCUUCUGCGCUCGCUACGAGCUCACCAGGCAUGGACGGGUGCAUAGUGGCGAAAAGCCACACAAGUGUCCUGCUGAUGGGUGCUCGGAGGCCUUUGGGAAACAUGCCAGCAUGAAAAACCACAUGGCUAGAGUCCACCAGCAGCAGGAAGAAAGAUAUCAAUGUGACCAUCAAGGCUGUGGAAAGGAGUUCAGCAAGAAGAAGCAACUAAAAGCCCACAAGAGUGAGCAUGGAGAACCUUUGGCUUUUCACUGCCCCGUCAACGGAUGUGGGAAAGGCUUUUCCAGCCGGAGCAAGCUGAAGCAUCAUGAGAAAGUUCAUCAAGGCUACCCCUGCAGCGUUGACCUGUGUCUCAUCCGGAGUAAGACAUGGACAGAAUAUCUGAAGCACAGAGCACAGCACAAAGAGAAGGUUCUGUGUGAAACGUGCCAAAAGCUCUUCAACAACACCUGGUUCUUGCGCUUGCACGAGCUGCGCGUGCACUCCAGGGAGAAGAGGUACUUCCUGUGCCCCGAGGAGGGCUGUGACAGGAAGUUCACCCGCCGCUCCAAGCUGGAGUGUCAUGUGCUGGGAGACCAUGAGGGGAAGACGCCCUUCACCUGUGCGUACGCCGGCUGUGGGAAGAGCUUUGCCUUGAAGGAAAGCCUAAAUCGACACGCUGUGGUUCACGACCCUGCAAAAAGAAAGCUGAAGAAAGGGAAGCCUAAAAAGGCCGAGCCGUCGCAGACUGCGCAGGAGGCCACCCUGUCGACUGCAGACCAUCAGGAAGAAGCUGGGAAGCUUGCUGCAAAGCUGCACAGUACAACUUUAGGGGAUGACAAAUCAUGAAUCUGUCUGAUGGCGCUUGUUAAUUAUAAAGCGUUCCUACAGACUGCUCAUUGAUGCUGGAAAUGUAAAUAAAAA